AUCUCUCUACGCCGGUCUCCGUGUAGUUCUCUAUCUCUCGGACCCUCCUCUCUCUCGUUCGGUCUCUCGCCCGUCCGCUCGCAACCCCCGUCGUCUUCGGGACGCCCGGUGUUGUAGCACCGCUGUACUUCGAUACAUAGAGACACGUAUAACUACUUUUCGCGGUGCGCGAAAGGAGCAAGAGAGGUGUGCCGCUCCAUCUCCCAUUGGGCCUCGAGAAAGCAGACGAAGGGAUUGACAACUUGGAGACGGACAGUCUCCAACGCGCGGCAUCCUUUUCCUUCGAAGGACAUCCCGUUAGUCACGGACGUCGUUCGCCUAUUACCGCAGUGGUAACAGCUCUCCAGAAUACUUCCGGAACUUGGAAUUCGAUUCAUUCGAGGCUAUCUCGGCUCGUGGUACACAGGAAUAUUGCUGGGGGAGUGUAACGAGUAACCAGCAAUGAGUACCACGGAGCCUACCGGGGAGGGUGGAGGAGGAGGAGAAGGAGAAAGCGCCACAAUGACUAACGUCGAGCAGACUCCAUCCCCAAGCACGCCGAUCACCGGCACCUCCGUAUCGAUGCAGGCGGCCACUCAACAGCAACAGCAACCGCAACAACAUCCGCCACCGUCGCCCUUGAGUGGCUGUUACCUUCUCGUGGUGCUUCCUGAGCCUCAUACCGCACAACAUAAGGACCUCAUCCUGAAUCGCCUCGCAAAAGGUUUUCUAUCAUGGGACAAGGACAGUUGUCAUGUAGAUCUGGAGAAGGAAUUAUUGGCCUUAGUAGCGCAAGCCCCCGAAGGCGAAGAAGCCAGAAAUGGCGAAAGAUUGAUCCAAUAUGCUACCGAGAACCUCGUAACGGAAGUUCUCAUUCACCCACAGACGAAUACAUUAUUACAGUGUAUUCGCAAUCUUCUCGCAAGCUUCACGAAACAUCGGCACAUCAUACACGCUGGAUACACAUUCGGUGGUAAUGGUUCCUGGAUAUUGCAGGAUGGAACCUUCAGUCUCGCAGACUUUCUGGAUGCAUUCAGCGAACAUGAGGUGCAAAGAGUCCUUCGUGCCUACGAGAAUAGCGUUACCGUAGAUAUACAUUGCGCGGGUGUCGGCGAUUGGACGACAAGUCGAUUGUCGAAAGAGACUUGUUGCAGAUCUUGCAGAGUCAGAGUAAACCCCGACGAUGUUCUCACAGCCGGCGUACCGGCUAUCAUGAGUUUUACGAAUUACAUCGGACAGUACCUCGUGUCGCAAACACUGGACCAGCUCAUGGAACCGUCCGACGUCGUUGGAAACAUUAGAUUUAGCCAUCCAACCUUAUACGUCUUCCCCGGUGGGCAAGGUGACGCCGCACUUUUCGGUAUAAACGGCUUCAACAUGCUCGUCGACGGCGGCUUUGCUAGGAAAGCAUGUUUUUGGGAUUUCACCAGGCAUCUCGAUCGAUUGGAUGCUGUUCUAGUCACUAGGAUAAAUAAUAGUAACAUCGGUGGCAUGUUUAGCGUUCUUCGCAAGAAGAAGGAGAUGCACGUCUAUCCUCAGAUCGGCCAUUUCUUCUGUAACUUAGUCGAAAGAAGACAAUCAAAUUCACCCGACGGAGAUAAGGAUAUUGAUCCGCUCAUUUUCAACCUCACUGAUAUUGGUCAAGAGAUGGUGGUGAAUCUUCGACACAUUAAUCUUCGCGCUCAUCCUUGCUACAGAGAUCCCGAUCCGAUCAACCUCUAUCAUAAAGUGGGCCAUGGCACGCUGGAUAUGUACGUGCUCAGUCCGAGCAAGGACAGUCGCGAAGUGCGCGAAUUCUUGGCGAAGUGGCACACGUCAGAUUCGAAGCUGUUUGCAGGUUCUCAUAAAAAAGAUUCGAACAAUCUCACAUUCCCGAUGCAGAAUCUCGUGUCGAUAUGCGCGCUUCUAGUUUGGCAGCCGGCCAAUCCCGAGGAUAACAUCACGCGGAUUCUCUUUCCCGGCAGUACGCCGCAACACAAGAUCUUCGAAGGUUUCGAACGAUUAAAACAUCUGGACUUUUUAAAGCAUCCAGUAUGUUCAGCGAAGACUCUGUCACCGUCAGUGUCUUUAGCGACACUCAGAGAUAAGUCAACCAAGCAAAAACUUAGUCUUAUCGAGAAGGAACCCAAGAAAAUUUUGGAGACAAAGAAAGAGAAGAGAGAACCAUCGGAGCCAAAAUCCAUCAAGGCCGCAGACGAGACUGUAUCCAAGAGUAUCCCUCAAUCGACGCCGAUUAUACCUGCUAAUAAACCUAAAACCGAAAUGAAGACGAAGAAAGUUGUGGAAAAUAAGAAGAUCGAGACUGAGACAAAAGAGAGUAAGAAAAUUGAAAAAGAACUAAAAGAAGUGAAAAAAGAACCCAAGAAGGAAUCAAUUAAAGUAGAAAAGGCCGAAAAACGAGAAGAAGAUGUGAAAAAGACUGAUUUAAUUAAACCGGAACCUGAGAAAAUCAAGGAACCUAAAGAAUCUAAAGAAUCUAAGGAACCUAAAGAACCGAAGCCCAAGCCCGAACCAAAAAAGAAAGAACCAAAAGAAAGCAAGAUGAAAGUUGAGUUGAAGAAAAGCGAAGUAACUCCAAAGCCGAAGUUGAUUGAGAAAAAAGCCAAAUCUUCUGGUGCAGAGAAAAGAGACGCUGUGAAAUCUUCCCCGACUACUCCGAAGAAGACUCUGAAUGGUGCUGCAACAAAGACAGAGAUAUCGAAAGCUAUACCGAAAGUGAAACCGGCGGUCAAGGUUGCUCCAAGUCUUCCAGCUAAGAGUGCUAAGGAAGCUAAUAACAGGAAAGUGGUGGAACAGAAGAAAUCUGAAGUCGAGAAGUCUGCCGUGAAGGAUUCUGCAGCACCAGUUGUCAAGGUGACAGCAAAACCUAAACCAAUGGACAGGAAGCCGAUCAGUCGUCGCGCGAAACCAGUUAGUCCCAAUAAAGCCCGUAUGCCGGGUAGUCCGGCGAAAUCUACUCGCAGUACUCCGACUGCUUCUGUAAAAUCAGACAAAGAUGGUGUUAUUCGUAAAGUGAAGGGCGACAAAGGCACUACCGAUUCUUCCACGGUCUCCACUCCAUCUGGCAUAGAACCAGAAGUUAUAAAACCGAUUGAUAAGAGCUUAAUUGAACAAUCUGAAGAUAUAUCAUUAGAUUCAAUAGAAAGUAAGGUAUUGGCAGAUCUCAAAGAAGAGCGAGAGGUAGUGGAAGAAAUUGAAGCUGUUUUACAAAAGGCGGAAAGAAUCGAAGAAAUUCGAAAGGACGAUCGUUUUGAAGGUGAUGAUGAAAUCACGGCUGAAGCCACUGACAAGAAAGAGGAGGAUAUUACAGAAGAGGAUGUUACCGCCGAGAUUGAAGAUAUACCUAAGAAGGAAGGUUCUAGAAAAGAAAGUCAAGAAUUGACUGAAGAAGAUGAAUAUCUUAUUGUGGAGAAAGAAGAGGUUUACACCGAAGAUUCUGCUCAGAGCGGCGAGGGCGAACAAAAGCACGUUCUCGAUGAAGCUCAAUCAGAAAAGGCAAAAAUAUUAAAAGACGUGGAGGCAAUGAAGGAAAAGGGCGAGAAGGAGGAACCUGAGGAGAAGGAAAAAGAUGACAGCCCGGAAAAAAAAAUAGAAAAGAUUUUGGAUAAAGAAGAGAAAGAAAUCGCUGAAUUAUCUUCGGAACAUAAGGAACAAUUACAGGAAGAAGUAAAAGAGAUAAUAGCAUCCGCAGCCGAAAUCGUACAGAAAGCCGAAGAGAAGGACGACUCCGGUAAAAAAGACAGCGAGGACAUCACGAAAGAACCGUCCAGUUUAAGUCCGGACAAAUUAGAUUCAUCGGAGAAAAAAACAACCGAUACAGACAUAAAGCCGGAUGUCGAUCAGAAAGAGAAUAUUCUCGAAAAGAUGGAAGAAUCUCAGGAGCGAAUCUCGACAAUAGAAUCGGGGGCCACCACAACUGCUCCGACUUUACCAGAAGACGAGCGAAUACCAUUGGAUGAAAUAAAAGAGGAUAUUGAUGAAAAACAUGUUAUUGAAGAAGUAAAAGAGAAGGAUGCUUCUGCAAAGCUGAAAAAAGAAGUCAUUCCGGAAACUAUUAUCGUGGCGGCCAAGCCGGAAGUCAAAGUAUUUGAUGUUCGCCAGGCGAUGCCGAAUUUGCAAAGAGACAUUGUUAAAACACCAGACGAGGUCGCUGAUCUUCCGGUUCAUGAAGAAGUCGAUCCUAAGCUCUACCGAAUGGAAGAUUUCGAGAAGGGAAAAGAAGAGAAAUUAUCACCAACUGCGCAAGAAGAUAAAGAAUCGCCUAUUCCGCCCGCAAAAGAGCAGAAGAGUGUUUUUAGUUUCUUUGGCAAAGUGGCGGAUAAAUUUGAAAAAGGUAUCGAUAAAUUGACUAAGAAAAAGAAGGAUUCUGAAAAGGAUUCCGAUGAAAAAUCUUCAAAAUCAAGUUCUCCAAAAGAACCAAAAGUACAAGAGAAAACGGUCUUAGAAGAGGUUGAUAUGGAGAAGGUAUUCCCUAAAAUUGGCAAGCCUGUUGACAAACCCGAAACAUUUGAAGAGGCGAAACCUACGACUGUUGACAUAAAAGUAGCUGCCAUCAAGGAAACUGCGGCAUUUAUACAGGAAGAGAUACUGGACGUACAGAGGAAGAGUGUGCCGGAUAUCGAAGAAAAGCUUUUUACUGAUAAGUUAGAUGAAAUUAAAAAAAUAGAAGCCAAAAUCGAGGAAUCAUUUCUUACAAAAGAUGUAUCACCAGGCGUUUCACCAACAAAACUAAUUGAAGACAAGGAAAUUGCGAAGGAGAUUGAACUUUUGAAGGAAGAAGAUAUUGGAGAAGAUGUAGAAGAGGUAAAGGCACUUUUGGAAGAAGCUUCGAAAAAAUUCAAAACUGUGAAAGAUAGUUUAAGAGAUUCAUUGGAAUCUUUGGAAGAUAAAAUUAAAGAAGAAAUAGUUGAGAUACAUGAAACGCCAUCCGCCCUGAAAGAUAUAGUAAAGGAUACUUUGGAAGGGGUGGCUGAGAAAUUGGAAGAAAUAAAGCCACAUAUCGAGAGCCAUUUACCUGACAUAAAAGAACCGGAAAAAGUCAAGUUUGCUAUACCAAAAGAUGAAGAAUUCGAAGAGGAAUAUGAAGAGGAAAUAGAGGGUCCAUAUAGAGAUAUGAAAGAAGCUGUUAGGGAUGUCGGAGAAGUCCUUGCUGGCACUGCCGGUAUCGAGCUCGAAGAUAAACCCAAGGAUGUCAUAGAAAUUGUGAAGAAAGUCGCCGAGGUACUCAGAGAAGACGAUUUUCUUUCCGACAAAGCAUUAUUCGAGCAAACUCCUAAAAAAGAAGAGAUUUCACCGAUUUCGACGGAGAGAAAACCAUCGAAAGAAGAAAUCUCCCCAAUUUUGACGGAAAGAAAGCCUUCUAUAUCAAGUGAAAAAAUAUCUCCAGAAAUAGUUGCUAAAUUAGAAGAAGAGGAACUCAAACUUGUUCAUGAAGAUAUUGUAAUGCCAAAGAAAGUUGAUGUUACUGAAGUAUUUCCGGUUCAUAAAGAGCUUGAGAAAUUUGAAAAGCCCGACAAACUUCCAUACGAAAAACCUGGCGUUCUCGAGGUAAAAGAAGAACCUUGUGUAAAAGUGGUGAAAGAAAAGGACGAUAUAAUAACAUCGCCUAUAAAGGAUAUAGCGAAAGAUAAACGGGAUGCGCAAAAAAUUUGUGAGGAGAUAUUAAAAGACGAUCAAGAUAUUUGCGAUCAACAUAAAAAACCGACGGAUGAUGAUACAUCUCGGGUAGAUGUGAUGCAGGCUGGUAUCGAGGACGUAUGUGUAAAGGAAGUAGCAAAACGGCCAUCUUUCGAAAAGAAGCUGGAGGACGAGAUAGAAGAAUCCAUGAUCGUCUUCGAGCAAAAGAUUUCGCCAGCGAAGGCGGAGAUAGUGAUGGUGACUCCCGGUUCUACGCCAACUUCGCCAAAAUUUGUCACGGACAAGAUAUAUGAUGAAGGACUGGAAAUUGGUUACCGUGAAUUGCCAGAGGAUAUCAAGCAAAUUCUCAGCAAGGAAGUGCCAAUUGAAGAAAUAAUCGAAGAAUUAGUUAUUACGAAGAAGAAGAAGGUUACUAUCGAAGUGAUUGAAUAUGUCACUGUAACGAAGCGCAUCCCGAGAGAACGCGUGAUUUACAUUAUCGAAGAGAUUAUCACGAAGAAGGGACUUCUCAGAGAAAAUGUGAUAGAUGAUUCAGAGAUUUUGAGGCUGAAGGAAUCUAUCACACUUGAAAAGAGAAUGGAGAUCGAAGAAUAUAUCCUUAACGAAUAUAUUGUUAAAGGAAAACGAAUUACCAUAGAAAUCGUUCAAGAAAUCUCUAUUAAGAAAGUUGUGCCUAAAAAGAUUAUCAUCGAAAUUAUUGAAGAGAUCAUUGUUAAGAGAAAACUUGCUAGGCAUAUGGUACUAAACGUUCCUGAAGAAGCAUUAUCGGAAAUAAUUCAAGAGAAAUCGCCGGAAGAAUCGCCAGAACAAUCGGCAGAGGAGCAGAUAACAGAGGAGCAAAAAAUAGACAUACCUGCGAAACAAGAAUUCGCUGCUGAAGUUUCUGAUGCUCCAACCGGAAAAGAAAAACUAACCGAUGAAGGCGCGUUUAAGCCUUAUAUUGAGGAAUUUAUCGUUAAUGAAUACGUUAUUAAAGGAAAAAAGAUUACCGCAUCGACAAUCGACGACAUUUCUAUUCAAAAGACAGUGCCCAAGCAAAUUCUUAUUGAAAUUAUCGAAGAAAUUAUUAUUAAAAAAAAGAUUCCCAGGAACACGAUACUUGAUGUUACGGAGAAAGAAUUAUUAGUAAUUUUUAAAAAGAUAUUCGAGGACGAAAAAGAAAAAUUAGUCGCUGAGACUACUAUUCCAGAGAUUCCAGAAACUGAAUCGAUAAUUUCGCAAGAAAGAGCAGAAGUUGAAGAAUAUAUUAUUAACGAAUAUGUUACCAAGGGAGAUAACAUUAAUAUCAAAAAACUUGAAGAAAUAUGUGGUAAAAAGAAGGUGCCUAAGAAAAUCAUUAUUGAGAUUAUCGAAGAAAUUAUCAUUAAGAAAAAAAUACCGAGACAUAUAAUACUUAGUGUAACUGAUGAAGAAUUAUCGCAUAUUAUUAAGGAGGAAGCGAUUCCAGAGUCGCAAAUACUGACUGAGAAACCGGUCGCAGAAAUGCCCAGCAUUGAAGAGAAGAAAAGUCCAAUUGAGUUAAAAAAAGAUAAGAAAGAAGAUGUGCUUGAGCAAGAAAUGAGCGCUGAAGAGGAGUUAUUGGCCACAUCCGAAGAGGAGGACAUCGAGAAAGAAGUGGAUGGAUUUGUUAGUAUACCCAGAAGAAUUUCUGAUACAGUUGAUAUAAAGAAAGCGAUUUCACAGAUUCCGUCUUCAGUUACGAAGGAACAUGAGAAAGACGUGAUUGACGAUUUUGAAGCUGUCGAGCAGGAAUAUAAAGUACGUGAUGUACAAUCUCCUGAGAAAGCGAGCGAGAUGAAAGAAAAAGAAGAUAUUGAAGAAUCUGUGGAAGAUACCACAAGUGAAGUGAUCGAAGCAGACGAGAAAUUCGUGCAAGAAACCAAAGGGAAGGUGGGAAUAGAAGAGCUUCACAUUGCAAAAGAUAUUAAACCAAUUGAUGAGAAACGAGAACCUGUAGAACAGGAAAUAUCCGAAAUAUCAGAAAUUGUUGAUACUACUGAGAAAUAUUUAGAUGAGGCUAAGGAAAAGACGGAUGACAUUCUUCAGAAGGAGACUGCUACAACAUUGACGCCAUCAAUCUCUGAAAAAGCAGAAAAGCCUUCAAUCGAAGACUCAAGUAAGGAAACGCCCAAAGAUUUCUCCGAUAAGCAACCAUCAAUUGACGCACCAGACAUUUCUAAAUCAAUUAUACCAAGCCCAAAGAUAAUUGACGAGAAACUUGAAAUGAAAGAAAUUGAGCCUGCGAUUAAAGAAGAAGUCGAGGAACUGCAACUUAAAAAAGUUGCUAAAGAAGUGAAGGCAGAAACAAAGCUCGCAGAUGCAACAGGCUUCACACAAGAGCCAAAAGUAGAAUUACUUGAAGACGAUAAGAAAUCUAAACCAUUAGAGACCACAGAAAUUAAAGAAACUCCAAUAAUUAAGGAAGAGAAGAGUCCUCAAGAAACAUUAGCAGCAAAUAUACCAAAACCAUUUGACGAUGGCACUGUCAAAAGAAUGCUGGUUACAGCAUGUAGUGAGGAUGGCAGAGAGGAAAUUGAGAUCUGUCCAAGCGGCAGCAUAACUUUUACGAAAACUGUUACUCCAGAUGAUUCUCUUAAGGAUGUAUCUGCUAAAUCUACACCAGAUAAAGAUUCAUUACUUUUAGAUAAAGACUCACGUUCGGACAUAAGUACUCCCGAAAAGGAUAGUAUUUCUGAAAAAUCUGCGCCAGAAGGUAAGGAUAAGAUUACUCCAGAAGACAGCUUGGAAAAGUCACCUGCUGGUCCUCGUGAUUCACAGGAUCUUGAAGACAGUUUGGAAAAAUCAGAAUUGCAUAAGCCAAAGGUACCAGAGGAAUUGGAAGAUAUUACAAAAUCUCCUAUGGAAAAAGACUUGAAGGUAUCAGAUAAAAUUGCCGAAAAAGAUAUACCGAAGUCGCCUAAAGAGGAACAAGUAGAACCAAAAUCUCCGACUAAGGAAGAUGAAAAAAUUGAAAAAAUGAAAUCUCCAGCUGAAGAAAAAAUCGAGAAAUCUAGUUCUCCAAUUGAAAAAAUCGAAAAAUCACGAUCUCCUUCAUCUCUUGAUACAACAACGCAGAAAUCUCUAAUAGAAUUAGCUGAAAAAUCAAAACUUCCAAUCGAGAAGGUUCCAGAACCUAAGAAAAAAGAAACGAUUGGUGUUUCAAAGACACCUGAAUCGCUCCAUUCAGAGGAUGUUUCACCAGCUGAGACAAUUUUCUCGAAGUCACCUACAGAUAAAUCUGAAAUGUAUUUUGCAAAGGCACCUGUUACUGAAGAAGACGUUGCUAUUGAAAAAGACAUAAAAAAAUUACCUGAAUCUAUUAAAGAAAUUAAAACCGAAGACAAAGAAUUACCAAUAUCUUUAGAAAAAUCCGAUCAAGAUAUUAAAUCUCUCGAUAAAUCCCCUACUAUUUUAAGUGAUAAAGUCGAUGAGAAAGAAAAUUAUAAGUUGAAAUCGCCAAGUAUUAUGGAGAAAGAAACGGUAAGUGAAAAGUUGCCUAUUUUCGAGAGUGAAUAUUACGAUGAAAAGGGACCAAUUGACGAAUCUCCAAGCGCGAUUAGCGAUAAAUCUGAUGAGAAGAAAGAGGCCGAACGUUCCAAGUCACCGAGCAUAGCUGUGGAUAAGCCAGAUCUUCAAGAUGUGACGGAACGUUAUUUAGAGAAACCAAAAUCUCCUAUUUUUGAUAGGUCAGAUUCGCCUAAAGCUAUUGAUAAGACUGAAGAAUCGCAUGAUAAAGAUAGAUCUCCCAGUGUAGCUAGUGAUAAAUCAGAUAGCAAGAAAAUAAGUGACCGUUCUAGAUCACCAAGCGUUUCUAUAGAAAAAGUAGAUUUCGAGAGAACUCGAUCGUCUAGUGUCACAAGUGUUAAAGACGACAAACUGGAACAGUUUCCAGUAGCGAAAUCACCUGAAAUAUCAAAAGAUGUAUUGAAAUCUUCGAAACUUGAAGAAGAUAAAUCGGAUUUGAAAGAUAUAAUACAACCUCUAUUAGACAAAUCACCGAGUGUAACAAAUGGCAUUAGCGAAUCUAAAGAACCAGAUCGCUCAAAAUCACCCAUUAUCGCCGGCGAAAAACCUGAAAUGAAGGAUAUGACAGAAACACCAGUGGAGAAGUCAAGAUCUCCAAGUGUCAUCAGUGUUACGAGUGAGCAAAAAGAACCAAUUGAUCGCUCCAAAUCUCCGAGUAUUGCAGAAGAAAAAAUAGACUUAAAAGAUGUUGCAGAACCUGCAGAUCGGUCAAAAUCGCCAAGUGUAAUUAGAGAAAAACCAGAUUUGAAGGAUGUCAUUGCAGAGAAAUCGAGAUCUUUUAGUAUUACAGGAGAACAAAAAGAAUCGCUUGAUCAUUCUAAAUCUCCGAGUAUUGCUGGAGAGAAACCGGAUUUAAAGGAUGUCACCGCAGAGAAAUCGAGAUCUUCUAGUAUUACAGAAGAACAAAAAGAAUCGCUUGAUCGUUCUAAAUCUCCGAGUAUUGCUGGAGAGAAACUGGAUUUAAAGGAUGUUAUAGAACUAUCCGAUGAAAAAUCAAAAUCAGGUGCCUCAAUGAGUGUUACAACUGAUUCGAAGGGACUCGAUGAUCGAUCGAAAUCGCCGAGCAGUACUGAUCUAACGGAUAUUACAGAACAAUCGUCGCUGGAUAAAUCCAAGUCACCUAGUGUCACGAGUAUUACGUCUGAUCAGAAAGAAUCAACAGAAAAAGCAAAAUCGCCAAUUCCGGAUAAGAAAGAAGAACUUGACAGGAGCAAAUCUCCAAGCAUAACAAGUGAAAAGUCCGAUGAGAAGAAAUCUGUCGAUGGCUCGAAAGCGACCAGUGUUACAGAGGAAAAACCAGAUCUUAAAGAUGUGAUGGAACUACCAGGCGAUAAAUCCAGAUCAUCAAGCGUUGCGAGUGAGAAAGAAUUAUUUGAAAAAUCGACAUCGCCUGUUUCUGACAAAUUAGAACCACCUGUUGAUCGAAGCAAAUCUCCCAGCAUUGCUAGCGAUAAGUCCGAUGAGAAGACAUCGGAUGACAAGGGUAGUGUUAAAGAACAUUAUGAAAGUGCGGGUGAUAAAUCCCCGAAUUUCGUCGAUGUGAAAAUACCGCACGAAAAAGCUAUGGAGGAGAAACCUUCAACAAUUUCCGGAAAAAUGGACGUUAAGCCAGACGAUAUUAUAUCACAUGACAGACCGGUAUCUCCAAGCAUUGUUUUUGAUAAGCCGAUAGAUGAUAAACAGUCAAUAGAGAAAAUAGAUGUUGACGGAUUAAAAACGUCUGACAUAAUCGACGAUUCGGAUUUUGUCGAUAAGACAAGAUCAUUAAGCAUUAUCAGUGAUAAGACAGAACCGAAAUCAACAUUUGAUGUCUCAAAGUCACCGAGUUUAAUCGAUGAUCAAAAGGAUAAGUCUAGAUCAUCCAGUGUUGCCAGUGAGAGGCUUGAUGAUAUUAAAAUUUCGCAAAUAUUAGAAGCAAAGGAAGAACAAUCAAUUUCACCGAGUUUAGCCGACGAUCAAAAGGACAAAUCUAGAUCAUCUAGUGUUGCCAGUGAGAGGCUUGAUGAUAUUAAAGUUUCGCAAAUACCAGAAGCAAAGAGAGAACUAUCAAUUUCGCCAAGUUCAGCCGAUGAUCAAAAGGACAAAUCUAAAUCAUCCAGUGAGAGGUUUGAUGAUAUUAAAGUUUCGCAAAUACCAGAAGUAAUGGGAGAACAAUUAAUUUCGCCGAGUUCAACCGACGAUCAAAAGGACAAAUCUAGAUCAUCUAGUGUUGCCAGUGAAAGGCUUGAUGAUAUUAAAGUUUCGCAAAUACCAGAAGCAAAGGGAGAACGAUCAAUUUCGCCAAGUUCAGUCGAUGAUCAAAAGGACAAAUCUAAAUCAUCCAGUGAGAAACUUGACGAUAUUAAAGCUUCGCAAAUACCAGAAGAAAAAGAAGAACAAUCAAUUUCGCCGAGUUCAGCCGAUGAUCAAAAGGACAAAUCUAAAUCAUCCAGUGAGAGGGUUGAUGAUAUUAAAGUUUCGCAAAUACCAGAAGCAAAGGGAGAACAAUCAAUUUCGCCGAGUUCAAUCGACGAUCAAAAGGAAAAAUCUAGAUCAUCUAGUGUUGCCAGUGAGAGGAUUGAUGAUAUUAAAGUUCCGCAAAUACCAGAAGCAAAGGGAGAACAAUCAAUUUCGCCGAGUUCAAUCGACGAUCAAAAGGAAAAAUCUAGAUCAUCUAGUGUUGCCAGUGAGAGGAUUGAUGAUAUUAAAGUUCCGCAAAUACCAGAAGCAAAGGGAGAACAAUCAAUUUCGCCGAGUUCAAUCGACGAUCAAAAGGACAAAUCUAGAUCAUCUAGUGUUGCCAGUGAGAAGCUUGAUGAUAUUAAAGUUUCGCAAAUACCAGAAGCAAAGGGAGAACAAUCAAUUUCGCCGAGUUCAAUCGACGAUCAAAAGGACAAAUCUAGAUCAUCUAGUGUUGCCAGUGAGAAGCUUGAUGAUAUUAAAGUUUCGCAAAUACCAGAAGCAAUGAGAGAACGAUCAAUUUCGCCAAGUUUAACCGAUGAUCAAAAGGACAAAUCUAAAUCAUCCAGUGAGAGGGUUGAUGAUAUUAAAGUUUCGCAAAUACCAGAAGCAAAGGGAGAACAAUCAAUUUCGCCGAGUUCAAUCGACGAUCAAAAGGACAAAUCUAGAUCAUCUAGUGUUGCCAGUGAGAGGGUUGAUGAUAUUAAAGUUUCGCAAAUACCAGAAGCAAAGGGAGAACAAUCAAUUUCGCCGAGUUCAAUCGACGGUCAAAAGGACAAAUCUAGAUCAUCUAGUGUUGCCAGUGAGAGGCUUGAUGAUAUUAAAGUUUCGCAAAUACCAGAAGCAAAGAUAGAACAAUUAAUUUCGCCGAGUUCAGCCGACGAUCAAAAGGACAAAUCUAGAUCAUCUAGUGUUGCCAGUGAAAGGCUUGAUAAUAUUAAAAUUUCGCAAGUACCAGAAGCAAAGGGAGAACGAUCAAUUUCACCAAGUUCAGCCGAUGAUCAAAAGGACAAAGCUAAAUCAUCCAGUGAGAGGUUUGAUGAUAUUAAAGUUUCGCAAAUAUCAGAAGUAAAGGCAGAACAAUUAAUUUCGCCGAGUUCAACCGACGGUCAAAAGGACAAAUCUAGAUCAUCUAGUGUUGCCAGUGAGAGGUUUGAUGAUAUUAAAGUUUCGCAAAUACCAGAAGCAAAGGGAGAACAAUCAAUUUCGCCUAGUUUGGAUACUGGAAAGAUUCCAAAAGACGAAUCUGCUAAAUCGUCGCGAGCUAGUUCGCCAGUGGAUAAAACUCCAAAGGAUAGAUCACGUUCGCAAAGCGUCUUCGAUGCUGGUGAGAAAACACCAACCAGAUCUAGAACAGCCAGUUUAUUCGAUGACAAAUUAUCAGAGAAACCAUUUCAAGAGGAAAAACAUUUCGACAUGGGGAAACCACUUGAUGAAAAGGUUGAAUGUAAGAAAGAUAGUAAGAGUCCUAUAACUUCUCCUGAGACAAUCGAGAAAAAAAUGCAGAAGAUCCGCGAGAAACGAUUUGCCGAUUUUAAAGAGCCGGACAUCGGACAACCGAGCAAGGUAGAAAAAUCAGAUGAUGAAGAAGAAGAUGUCAUUAAAGUGACAGCCGAGAAGAAGGCGGAGAUCGAGAAGUACAUCAUAGAUGAGUUCAUCGUGAGGAAAAGAAAGAUUAGUCUGACGGUGAUCGAGAGAUUAGUUAUGACGUAUUCGGUGCCUCAAUUUAUAGUGAUGGAAAUAAUAGAAGACAUUAUUAACCGGCAAAAUAUACCUAGGAGUGCAGUCUUCGAUUUCGUAGACGACAAAGCCUCCUCCGAGCCUCAAUACGGAAAAGAAUCCGAAACGGAAUUGCUGGCACCGCAAGAAAGAGCGAAAGUAGAAGAAUAUAUUAUUGAGGAAUUCAUUAUGAAAAAGAAGAAGAUCACGCCGGAAGUCUUGGAAGAAAUGGUCAUUGUUAAAUCUGUGCCACGAUACAUUCUCAUUACAAUUAUUGAAGAAAUCAUUGUGAAGAAAAAGAUACUUAGGAACACCAUAAUUGAAGGCGACUUAGGAGAAUCAGGAGAAAAAGAUCUGGAUAUUUCUGAAAAAAGAGAGGAGCCUGUUACAUCAGCUAGCGUAGAUUUUGGAAAAGUAACUCAAGAUGUUACUCAAGAGGACAUUCAUAGUCAUGAAAAAUCAGGUGAUACUACGAAGGAAAGUCUGGAUGGCAAAAUAUCUCCUGCAGGGAGCGAUCGAUAUGGCAGGGAUUCGAAAGCGGCGCUUUCUGCUAGCCCCAGCUUAAGUCCGGAACCUAUUCCUUCCGACAAAUCAACUCAGGAUAGUCCAGCUCGAUCAGAGCCGCAUAUAGAUGAGGAGAUUCUCAUAUCGGAAGAGAAGCGAAUGGAAAUCGAAAAACUCUUGGAGGAAGAAUAUAUAAAGAAAGGAAAGAAAAUUACGGAAGUGAUACUCGAAGAGAUAAUCAUCAUGACUUCUCUACCUAGGUAUAUUAUCCUAGAAAUAGUGGAAGAAAUUAUAUUAAAGAGAAAGAUCCCAAGAGAAUCUGUGAUCGAUGUGGAAAUUUAUCAAGAAGAAGAACCAGAAGACUACGAUAAAGCAAUGUAUCAUUAUGAGGGAACAACGGAUGUAGAUUAUGAAUUGCCGCAUGCUAGAGAUAUGUAUCCAGAAUCGGGUGAGCAACAGUUGGAUAAAUCCGAUUAUCCAUCAGAUUAUGAGAGCCAAUUUCACAAGGCCUUCGUUGGUGGUAUGACGGAGAUGAGAACGACACAUAUAACCACAUUGUCUGGAAAAUCGACUCCGGAAUUUACACAUGACACUGCUUCCAAAAUCGAAUCAACCGAUAAAGUGCCUGAAAAGUUAUCGGAAUCUACUCUGACCACGACUCACAUAACAAGAACAGAUGUGGAAGACACGAAGGCUGUGCAAUCUGCUCAAACUAUUACGAUAUUGAGAGAAAGCAAAAUUACGGAAACUGUCGAUAAAGACAAAUCUGAAGAAUCUGCGGGGAUUUCGGCAACAGUUACAUCCGGUCAUGCGGCCGAAUCGGAUGGCGACGUUAUUGUAAGUAAGACGACAAUCAAACAUGAAGUGAUUAAAGAGGAGGAAUCUGGGAAGACAACUGAAGUCAUGAAAGGAAUUGAACCACCAGGAUUUGGACCACAAGAAAUAGUUAAAGAAAUUGAACAGUCGAGUAUUCAACAAGAUGAGCCCGAAGCGAUUACCAAGAUCAUUAAGGAGGAAAUUAUGGAACAUGACGAGCCGGAAGUAGUCACUAAAGUUGUCAAACGUGAAAUUAUUGAGCAAGAUGAGCCUGAAAUUAUCACAAAAGUGAUCAGACGCGAGAUUGUCAUCCCUGAUGAAGAAAUUAGCGACUCGAAGGAAGAUUCUGGCGAAUAUAUGAAGACUAUUACAACGAAAAAAACAACGCGAACAAUCGUGACAGAGGAAUUAGCAGAUGCCGAAUUAGCACAAGCUGAUCCUUCGAAAAUUCACACAGAUCCUACUUCAGAUUCAACUUACAAGGCUGUGAGUGACGAAGGUGACGCAGCCAGCGCCGAUAUAAAGCGAAUCGUGACGACUGUAACCACGAUUACUGGACCGGACGGAAAAGUUACCACAAAGACAGACGUCAAAGAGAGCACAGACACUUUGGCCGGCGAGGAAGUAUUAGAAAAAUUGACGGAAACUACUAAAUCUGCAGAAAAAAUUAUUAAAGAAACGAUUACGACUGUGACAUCGGGUACUACAACGCCCGACGUAAAAGCCUUCUAUUCCGAUUCUGGUAAAUCGACACCCGAUCUUAAACAUGAAGCUAAACUUGAAUCUACAAUAAAAGAACGCUUAGACGCAGACAAAUUUGAACAUCCGGUGUCUCCUUUGAUACGAGAACUUAUAUCUGAUGACAAAAGUUAUUCGGGUAAGUCUUCACCGGAUAUAUCGUUGCCUAAGGAUAUCGUCUUCAGUGGCAAGUCUACUCCAGAGGUUCCUACAUCGCCGUUAAUUAGAGACGGCGCUGUAGUUCAACCUCAUGUAUCGGGUAGAUCGACGCCUGAUAAAAGAUCCGAUUGUCGAUCCUCUACCAGCACACCGGAAGGAUUCAGGUCGGGCGAGAUGAUUCGAACUAUCGUUACGACUACAAAGACGGUUUCCGACGAAGGUGAAAUAGUAACGACCACCAGGGAAGUCACAGAAACGACAAAUGAGAAAGGCGAGACAGUUGUGUUGGCGGAAAAGACUGAUGUGAAGGUAGACGAACGUCUGCCAAGCAAAGAUGCUGCGGAAAGCGCGAUCAGCAGCAUUAUCGGCAGCAUCAAAUCCUCGGAAUUGCAACGUGGCGAUAGUCCAGGAUCCGACGACAUAAUCGGCGAAAAGGAUCAUGCUCCGGUCAGUCCAUCGAGUGAAUAUAGUAGCACACGUAGUAAAGUCAUGACACACCCAUGGGGUAGCAGCGAGGAGCGACAUACUUAUUCUGACGAUGAACCACCCAGUUCGUCUCUUUCUUCAACCUCACAAGUCGGAUAUUCACCGCAAAUAACGCAUCACUAUGAAUCAUCUUCUGAUAAACAAGAGGAGCAGAAACAAGUGGAAUUCUCGGUGGCCGCGAUGAGUAGCAGCUUCUAUGGUGAGCUGCCAGCAGUACCGCCUCAGAUAUCUGCUAUGAAAACUUUUCACGGUGAGACUGGUAUGCAGAAAAGCAGUGAUCCCAUUCACAGUCGAUUCACAGUAGAAAAGGAGCCCGCUGGUGAUUAUGGAGAAAAACUGGAUGCAAAGAGAUACGUCGACGAGGCCGACCUCGACUUCGAUAAAGCUCUGAUGGAUAAAGAGAUGAAGGAGAUCGGAGGGACUUUCAGCAGCGGAAUAGCGCCCAGAUACACAAAUGGUAAUCUUCGUCAUGAAGCAACCGACGAAAAAGAUCAUCCAUCGUCUUCAUUCCGGGAUGAUAAAGAUGAUUCAAAGGGUGAUUCGAAAAAAGAUCCUUUGGAGGGAUGGGGAACCCCUCUUGGGCUGCCGUCUCCUAAACCGCCCAAAAAGUUUAAUCUGAAGAACUCUGCUCAAUUUCCAUCGUGCUCAAGUGAGACAACCUCCGACACUUUGAAUUUCGAUGUUGUAAAAAAUUGGGGAGAACCUCUUAGGCUGCCUUCCCCCGCACCAGUGACUAAUGAGAUAUCGAACAAAGGAGCACCCAGUACACCGAAAAAAGAACGGAAACAAGCGAAGAAGAUUCAGUCAGAGAAUAUCAAGAACAAAAAACGUUCAGAAAGUCCCGGUAAAAAUGAGAAGAAGAUAAAAGAUUCGAAGAAUAAAGUUCAACCGGUUUACAUGGAUUUGGCGUAUGUGCCCCAUCACGGAAAUUCGUAUUACACAUCCUUAGAAUUCUUCAAGAGAGUGCGAGCGAGAUAUUACGUCUUUAGCGGCACCGAGCCCAGCCGAGAAGUCUAUGACGCUCUAUUGGAAGCUAAAAAGACUUGGGAGGAUAAAGAUCUCGAGGUAACCAUGAUUCCGACCUAUGAUACCGAUACUUUGGGCUAUUGGGUCGCCGAUAACGAGGAAGCGCUCGCGGCGAACCACAUAGAUCUAUCGCCGUCCGCAUCCAGAUGUACUAUCAAUCUCCAGGAUCACGAGACUAGUUGCAGCGCCUACAGGCUCGAGUUCUAGGGAUUGGCAGCCUGCUCAGCCGUAAUAGUCGAGUUCUGAGCGGCGUCCAGAAUGCGUUAUCAUUCUGCAUUUUCGGACCCAUUUCUACAAGAGAAAAAUAGAAAAAAAGAAGAGAAAAAGAGUCGAGCGCUCAGGCCGACCUACCGUCCCGUCAGGUGAUUCCUGACCCCCCUCCUAGGAGACCCGAAGAUGAACAGCAUUUCGAAUUUUCGAGAUUCCCUCGCGGUCAUAGCUCCGCGGCCUAGCAGGAUCGUAGAAAUCCUGUCGAACAAUGUAGAGGCAGUCCUGACGAAGCGAGGCCGAUUUUGUGUGAAUCGCGCUCAGGUUUCAAAUUGGGAUUGUUUAAUCUAAUUUAGGACGUUCUCCUUAUUCCUUUGCGAGGAAACGAUGCGGGCGACGAGAAGAAAGAAACAGAGAAAAUAAGAGAGAGAUCGCGAGGGUUUCUUCUCUUGCACGGGAAUACAAGGUAUAAAUUAAUUAUUUACUUCUAAGAAGCCGAUUAUUAAUAGGGAGAAAUUUACAUUUGAUUAAGAUUCAUUGAGCUGAUAACAGAUUCAUCGACAGAUGUUUAUAUUUCCACAUUCUGCACUGUAUGCAGCCCGUAGUGUGCUGAUAUCGCCUGCAAUAUCUUAUCGAUCACUCAAAUCAAAGACAUUUUUGCAAAGAUUUCGCGCUGAAACUAAAACAAACACGAUGAUUACGACGUUGCAUGAGCGACGAUCGAUCGCAAAGCGACGACGGUCCAAGCGCUGCGGUUCUGUGACAAUCUGUGCGCUAUCGAAAAUUAUAAAUUGAUUUUAGGAUAUUUCUAUUUUUGAUCCACUGAACACGAACAAUCGAUGCGAGACCUCCUCGCCCGCAUUCUCUCCUCGAUCAGCAAAUCAAAGUAAAACUUUUAAUAUCUUUGACACAGCUGCAGCUUCAAGACGCACCGCGUAGUAUUUAGUGUAUCAGUUAAAAAAAAA